UUCUCUCUCUCCCUCCCCCUCUCUCUUUCUCCCUCUCUUCCUCUGUCUCUCCUCCCUCUCCCUCGUACGCCGGUGUGCCCUUCCCCCGUCCCUCACGGCUCGCCGCACCAACCCUCUCGCGUGCGCCUCGGCGCCUCGUCCUCCUCCGGUGCCGAUGCCGCAGUACUGACUGCUUUCCGCGGAAGGUGGAAACCCGUGUAACGCGGCCGUAUAUAGAUUUUCAAUUAGUCAAGGGGCGGCCGCGGAGGAAAUUAUGUGUCGCGUGUCGCCGCGAGUACUUGAAAGACCUGUCGCCUAGGCCGCCGCUACCCGUCGUUAACCCGGUGCUUUUUGGAUUUUCCUACUCCGCGCUACCUGCCGACGCAAUUCUCGUUGCGCGCGCGAGUGGCGAAACCGCGUGCGUCGCGUCGCGUCGCGUCGCGUCACGCGCGUGUUGCGUCCGGUGACAACUGGCCAACGUGGAAAGAUCGAUUUCUCAUCGGCGACUCUCCGGAGCGCGUUCGAGAGAGGAAAAAGAGAGGGAGAGAGAGCAAGCGCGUGUUCGCCGCGGCCGAGUGUUUACCAGGAUCACGUUGUGGACUCGAUUCUUCCCCUUCUCCUGUCCGUCUUAGGCGAGGAGCGAUGACUACUCGUCGCCAGUGACGACGGUCGCGGGAGUUAGGAGAUAGGUCGAUCUCCUCCGCCUGCCACGUCGCGUCGCGUCGCGUUGCGCUGCGCUGCGCCGCGCCGCGCCGAGCGCAUCAUCAUCGCGGAGCAUCCCCGGCGAUCUUGGAGAACCAGGAUCACCCGCGGGAGCGAGGAUGUUGCGCGCGGCCUUCGCCGUCCUACUGCCCCGGCUCCUCGUAUUGUUGUCGCUGCUGAUCUAUUCAGGCGUCGUCGUCGUCGUCGUCGUCGCCCUACGCAUGACGUCCCUGCAGAUACCGGAGCACGUCGUGCUGAAUGAGACGGUGCGCAUGCAGUGCAACUUCAACUUGGACAAAGCGCCAUUGUACUCCGUGAAGUGGUACAAGGACGGCCACGAAUUUUAUCGCUAUACACCCCGAGACGCGCCCGUGGUGCUAACGUUCCCGGUGCCUGGCGUAAACGUAAACAGGGACGAGUCCACCGAGAGUUCGGUUGUCUUGAACAACGUGAAUCUGACGAGCUCGGGGAGGUAUCGAUGCGAGGUGUCGGGCGAAGCUCCAGCCUUUGAUACAGUCUCUGAUCACGGGGACAUGACUGUAGUCGUUCUACCUAACGAAGGACCGCAGAUAACCGGUGGUCGUUCCAAGUAUCAGGUGGGCGAUGUCGUUCACAUGAACUGCACGUCGGCACCUUCUAAACCACCUGCGCUAUUGUCUUGGUUCAUCAACGACGAGCCGGCCAACACCGACUACCUGACAGGGCCCGAUAUCGUCAACGAGGAGAACGGUCUGGAGACCGCGAGACUCGGUCUGAAAUUCCGCGUCGCGAACAAGCACUUCAGGCGAGGCGACAUGAAGCUAAAGUGCUUGGCCACAAUAGCCACGGUCUAUCUACAGAGCAACGAGGAGAGCGUGGAGGGCGACGAGAGCAUUCUGAAAACGCCUAUAAUAGAGAGCCGCGAGACCCGGGCGCAGAGCCACACUCGCGAGGACCUGACGAACGGAUCGGCAAGUGUCGCAGUCCAAUGGACGAUCCUCGUCGUAGCCCUGAUCACAUCGAUCGCAGCCGCGCGAUAAUAACGACGAAGCGUCCUUCUUUUCCUUUCUUUCCUCUCAUCCUCUCUUCCUUUUCCACGUCGCUUCCUAAUCAUGUAAAUGUUAGGAGAGAUAUCGGUUUUCACCCUAUCUACUACUAUAAUUCCUAAUCCGCGUAACCGUAAGUAACGCGACAUGCAUAUAAUAAGUGUACGUCCAUUUAGGCGUCGCCGCGGCGUACGGUGAAGUCUACGAAUUAGGCCGAGUCUACAACAGGUGUAGUGAGCCUCAAACCGUAAGGAACUGGACCGAUCACGGUCAAUCGGUCUCCUUGUGUUCGACCGCGAUUGGUCGGCUACACUUAUCGUAGAUCCGGUUUUACGUGCGCUCUAGGCUCUAAAUGUUAAUUCUCGUGCCCACGCGCGGGGCAGACGAUCCGACCCUCCCCCGCGCGUCCGUUUAGAUCGUCCAAAGCGUCUCUCCAGCGGGAAACGCGUCGCGGAAAAGGCGGCGCCUUUUGUAUCGCUUUCGAGAUACGAUUCGAUGUUAUUCUUACUAUGAUCUUUACAAAGGGGUUUUCUAUUUUCACGACAUAUCAUUUCCAUUCAUCCGGCGGUCGCGCGUCCUUCGCCGCGAUCCUCCCAAAACCGAACGAUCCCCUUGGGCCCCCGCAGCUUGGACCCCGCGAAUACGCUUUCACCGGAAUCGCUGUCGUCCACCCACUUCCCGUAAAACAUAAUACGUCGUCCACUCCUUCCUAUAAAACGUAAUAUGUUACACAAUAUAUACAAAACUUGCUGUAUCUGCCCCGCUUCUCGGCCAUUUCCCCGUACGAAAGCAGAGUUAUAUGAUAAUAGUAAAACUAGUAGGUCCACUCCCUGUCGGCACAGACCUCUACAUACUACUAAAGUCUGUCAGUGACACGCCGAUGUGCACACAUGCUGCUUUAUUCACGUAACAAGACAUGGCGGAACUCUUGCCUCACUUUUCAGCUCGAAGGUAGCAGUCUAAUAAUGUAUAGAAGCCCGUAUCUGUCGGUUCCUUUGAUCUUUGCGGUCCCGAUCGCAUUCCGCCAUGUCUUUGGUCCAAAUCCAGCGGCGUAUGUGUGUGUGUGUGUGUGUGUGUGUGUGUGUACCAACGACGUAUAUACACAGACCAAGCAUUCUGGUCUGCAGAGUGAAGCCAAAAGUUGGAGACAGAGACAAUUGAUUUGUGCCUGCUGCUUUCUCACUUUAAUAAGCUAGAGUGAAAAGGCAGUAGGCACAAAUCAACUAUCUCUGUCUCCAGCUUCCGACUUCGCCCGCUCCAUAGCAAAAGCAUGGGAAUGCUUGGUCUAUGUAUACAUGUCGUUGGUGUGUACUCAUCAAACUACACUACAGCGCACACACAACUUUUCUCUCAUUGGCUGGAUCAACAAAAUGUCGGGUGCGCAGAUCACCGCAAAACGAAGCAAUUGACGGAGCGGACCUACCAGUUAUACCUACUGUGAUAAUAGCCACGAGGGCGAUCGCGAGCGAUUAUUUUAUGCUCGCACACGGUGCGACAAGUCAUUCGUACGAUCAAUCUCGAGGGAAAGGCGAACACGAUGAGAAUCUACUCACGCGGGAAUUUAUUUCGGGAAACGAACAAAAUAUUUCGAUCCGUUAGAUUCGUCUAAUUUGAAAUUAAUUUACUCGGAUCUCGCGGCAGCAGUUUGUCGAGACGUCGUUGAACUUUCCCUCCUCCCCCCCCCCCCAACCGUUUCCA